AUGACUGUUAAUGUUUGUGAGUUAUGUUUCACUCCCUGGCGACUGUUUAUGAUUCCUGUGCCAGUCAGCUGGGGAGUUGAGCAUGAGCAGAAUGCCCAGGUAGAUUACUUGGCCCUCCAGAACGCCGUUACCAGUUUGAGAGUGGAGGAGUCUGGACUCACCAUAUAUCCAUCCCAUGCAUUUCUAGGAGCUACCAGUGAUGGAUGGGUGUAUGAUGAGUCCAUGCCAGAGGGAAACCAGAAGGGAGUUCUGGAGAUAAAGUGUCCGUACUCCAUCUCUAAUGAUGUCAUUACACACAGAGAGGUUCACGAGUUGGUAGGGAGGAAAGGUUUUUGUCUUGAGGAGUCAGAGAAUGGCCCAAGACUUAUGAGGGAUCACAGCUACUAUGCCCAGAUUCAGGGGGAGAUGGCCAUCAUGGGAUGCGCAUGGGGCGAUUUUGUAGUGUGGACUGCAGCUGAGCAGAGCAACUGUUUUGUGGAGCGAAUUUAUUUUGAUCCUGAUUUCUGUUCUUUUAUGUUGCCAAAACUUGUUGAAUGGUUCAUUUCAAAUAUUUCACCCUCAUACAUUAAAUCAUAAUUGCCCCUUAUUUUUUCAUUAUGUUGUUUUUG